AGCUAGAGAGAGAGAGGGGGAGAGAGAGCGAUCUGCGGAGAUUACACAGAGUUUCAGUGGUGCGCUCCCGGGACGAAGGAAGACUAGAGGCCGCCGUCACACGCGAAAAGCCCAGAGACAGUCGGGCACGGUAACAGAGCACCGACUACCUACAGCUUAUCGAUAAGAAGCAAGGCAACACAAAGACGGGAGCCAGGAUUGGAGCCGAAGUGGCCGUCGCAUCUCCUGUCGAAGAAAUCCGGUCCUCAGCAGGAAAAGACCGUUCAGAGAGUCCGGCGUUCAGAGAGCCCGGCGUUCAGCUACGAGCGAGAGGAAGAUGAGCAGAGGAGCGUCUCUGAAUGCAGCUGAAGAGAAUUAAAUCCAAACUGAGGAAUUAUUACAACGACUGAACUCAUUCCUGUGGAUUUUUCUGCUACCUUUUUUUACCAUCUCUAUUUUUAGAGAGUCAUUCAUCUUUUAGUUGGACAGUGAGCAUCACAGUAAUGUUUGACCUCGACAUCUGCCUGAUAGAUGAAAGACUUGGUAGUUUUUUUUCUUUGUAAACCUUUUGACCACCGAGUUUGAGAGAAUCUCUGGGAGCCAAAGGGAAUUUUGUUUUACUUUAAAUCUGUGAAGUCGCUUUCAUUUUCAGUUUGUGUCUUUUCCUUUUCUUUCUUAGUAAAAGAAGAAAAGGAGGUGACUGACAAAAGUUUUUCUAACAGGAACUUGAAUAUCAUCAUUUGCAUUCCUGUUUUCACAAGGGGACAAAUCUUCCCUUGUGUGUGUGAGACAGAGUGUGUGUUUGUGUAGAUACAUUAGCGUGUAUCAGGGGACAAAACCCAGCCCUGUGUGUCUCUUCUGGGAAAAUGGGAUCAGAAAAGGACUCAGAGUCACCUCACUCCUCCGUGAGCGGCGUCCCCAACCCUAAGUGCCGUGCGGCGGGCAAACGCCAGAGUCGCAUCUCCUUUCACAGCCUCUUCCACAGCAAACGGGGCUCUCGGGGCACCAGGGGCCCCAAAGGUGGAGCAGCCACCCCUUUAUCCCAUCAUCUCAACACACAACAACAGCAUCUCCCUUCUGCCUUGAGCUCAGCACCUGCCGCAGCUUCUGCUACACCCACCACAACCACCACCACAGUCGCCACGACCCCACAUGAUGCUGCCUCCAGCAGCCCCUCAAAGCCACUCUCCUCCAGUGAGCCGUCUCUGGGUGGAGCCCCCUCCUCUGGGGAGGCCAACCUUCUGGAGUGUCCCCUGUGCCUGGUGCGCCAGCCCGCCGACCAGCUCCCCGAGCUGCUGGGGUGCAGCCACCGCUCCUGCCUCUGCUGCCUGCGGCAGUACCUCCGCAUUGAGAUCACAGAGAGUCGAGUCCAGCUCAGCUGCCCUGAGUGUGCAGAGAGACUGGUCCCACAACAGGUGGCAGACAUCUUGAAUGACGCGGCCCUGCUGGAGAAGUAUGAGGAGUUCCUACUGCGGAGGUGCCUCGCCUCUGACCCAGACUGCCGAUGGUGCCCUGCACCUGACUGCGGAUUUGCUGUCAUAGCCUCAGGCUGUGCCAGCUGUCCCAGGUUGGUGUGUCGCAGAGAAGGCUGUGGUGCCGAGUUCUGCUACCACUGCAAACAGGCCUGGCAUCCCAACCAGACCUGUGACUCCGCCCGCCAACAGAGGGCGCAGUCCCUGCACACCCAUAGCAACCAUUCACCCAGCUAUACACAGGAGCAGGGACCCGCUGAUGACAUCAAGCCCUGCCCUCGCUGUGGUGCCUACAUCAUCAAGAUGAAUGAUGGGAGCUGCAAUCACAUGACCUGCGCCGUCUGCGGCUGUGAGUUCUGCUGGCUCUGCAUGAAGGAGAUUUCCGACCUGCACUACCUCAGUCCAUCUGGCUGUACGUUCUGGGGGAAGAAGCCUUGGAGUAGGAAGAAGAAGAUUUUGUGGCAGCUGGGCACCCUGAUUGGAGCUCCAGUCGGUAUCACUCUCAUCGCAGGCAUCGCUGUUCCCGCCAUGGUCAUUGGCAUCCCCGUUUACGUCGGCCGCAAGAUCCACGCCCACUACGAGCUGAAGAAGUCGUCUCGUCACAGGAGGAACCUGGCCAUCACAGGAGGUGUGGCCCUGUCCAUCAUAACUGCUCCGGUCAUCGCAGCUGUCAGCGUCGGUAUUGGUGUGCCCAUCAUGUUAGCCUACGUGUACGGUGUGGUGCCCAUUUCUUUGUGUCGCGGAGGAGGCUGUGGUGUCAGCAGAGGGAAGGGACGAGGUGUACGGAUCGACUUUGAUGAGGACGAUGGUCCAAUCACAGUGGCAGAUGCGUGGCGAGCCCUCAAGUCACCGAGCCUCGGUGAGAGCAGUCUGGACGGGGCUGUCAGCGGUUUGAGUACCACCUCCCCCAGCGAAGGUCUCUCUGUGGCCCCUGGGAAUCUGGGUGAUACACCCCACUUUAACACCCUGGCAGGCGGAGCCCUGGGAACACGCACCGGCAAGUACAGCAGGCUGGAGGCGCAGGCAGGGGAGUUGGCUAAAGAGUCGGCCCAGAGGGAGACAGGCAGCCUGGGAGCAGGGAGCGACUGUGCCAGCACCCGUGGAAUGGCCGGAUCCAUCAUCUCCUCCUACACACUACCUGACAGGGAGUGCACCAACCUGGAGAUCCAGGUGGACAUCGAGACCAAACCCAGCCAUCUCUGCCUGACUAGCGAAGAGGACCUAACACCGCCCCCGGGCUCUGCUGCUAUGGCGACCGUCUCAGGAGGGGAAGAGCCUCAGGACUGCAGCUCCCGAAGGGGCGGAGCUUUGUCUGGCUCUGCGUUGGGACUGUCCCCAGGAGCAUCAAUCAGGGAAGGUCUCAGAGACGUCACCCUGGCUCAACCGGAGAGCAUCCGCAGUGACCUGGAGAUGUCGGACACUCAAUCAGACGACAUCGCAGAGCUGACGUCAGACGACUGUGACUCUCCUCACCCGAAAAGCUGUCACCUGGGGGCCGGCCAGCAGCCCCAGGGCCCCUCCUGCCGAGUCCUGAACCCCUCCGAAGGCCUUCACUGUCCCGCAGACAGUAACGUCAUCCUCUACGUCUGAGAGCAGCUCUCAAGAUUGCACAAAAAAACAAACCAAUCCCCCAAAUGUUACAUUUGAGCUCUCUCUCUUUACUUCAUGGCUUCUUCAUUUCUCGUUUGCUGCUUUUGCGACUCACAGACACUUGUCUUAAACACAGACAGGGUUUGUUUACUUUUGUCUGUCUGUCUGUCUUAUCUAUCUACCUGUCAAUCUCCUCACUGAGUAAAUUGUCAGGGCUCUACCUCUGAGAUUUAUAAGAUAAAGAUUAAUGUUUACUAGUUGGUGCAAAAUGCCUUGGCUACUUAAGCAAAAAGAAAAAAGAGGUACAAAUUUUCCACAAGAAAUAUUGCAAAUUUGAAAUUAUGAAAUAAGGUGAAAUGUCACCAAGCACAGCAGAGGGAGAAGGACAGAGGGGAUGUUUAUAACAAUGUGUGAAUGAAUGUGAGCUUUGCACACAACUGUUGUGGCUUUAUUUUCUUCCUUUUCCUCAAUUUAUAUUCAGAUGACCUUGAAAUUGUAUUAUUUGCUGUGCGCAUUAUUCUGCAUGAGCCAUACCUUGUGUGAAAGGUUAUAAAGGGCAGUGUGUUUCUGUUACACUGGUGAAAGUUAAAGUUUACUUUAGAGGAUAAAUCUGUGCUUGAAUCUCACUUUCCCUGCACAAGGGAGGAGAAGCAGGACUGGGAGAAGUUUUGAAACUACAGAAAUAAGUGAUUGAGUUCUGACAAUGACAUGGCUGGUCUAUGACAGUUUAGGACCUUUUCCACACUGAGGACAUUUUAAAUAGUCAAGGACAGCCCAGUAUAGGGGACAGGGUUGUCCCACUUUUUUGUUCUGAGAUGUACAUCAAACAUUCAUUUAUCAUUUCACAAAUGAUCCACUGAGACACAUAUAUACGUAUAAACGUACCUAAAUAUAAUGUUAAUCUCAUAAAAGCAGAAACCAAAAGUCCUGCUGGUUUUUCUGCGAUUUUUAGUCUUCCUCAGGGGAUGGAGUUUACUCAUGGUGAUAACAUUUCUAACUAUGACAACUGAGCAAACUCUGUGACUGUGAGAAAGACUGUGAGCUGUGGUGGAAAACCCCUGAAAGAUGGGACUUUUUACGGUCAUUUUUGAAACUGAAGUGGUUACAAGUAAUUCAUUGCUAUCUAUAGUAUAUAAAAGUUAAAGUAAUAAAAUUUGAAUGGAUUUUCGCUAGGACUGCAACAAAUUUAUUUUCUUUAGUGAUUAUUCUACCAAUUAUUGUCUUAAGUUGUUAGCUGUUCACUCAAAGGACAAAUUUUCACCUCUAAUGUUUUAGAUGGUUUCAUUCCAGAAACAGCUUGAGGGCCAAAAAAGGUGAAAUAUUUGACAAUUUCAGUCCAAGGUCCAAAACAUUUAUAAAAUAAAAAGUAUAAUAUAUAUAUAUUAUAUAUAAUAUAGAAAAUAUUGAAAAACAUCCACUAUCAUUUUCCAACAGUCCAAAACCUAAAGAUUAUCAGCUUACUGACAUGAUAUGACAAUGAAAAACCACAAGUCCUCUAAUUGGGGAAGCUGGAACCAGAUAAAUAAUUAUAAUGAAGCGAUUAAUUAUUAUCAAAAUAGCUGCUGAUUACUUUUUUGUCACUUGACUAAUUGAUGAAUUAUUUCAGCUGUAAUUUGUGGUCAUUUUUGAAGACUCAUGGUCACUGAGGCUCUGAAUAAAACACUUGAUUUCCACCUGAAGCUGGCAGCCUAACCCGACGCUGCUCACUGUCAGAACUUUCUCACUGUGGUCCUGCUGUGUGUCAUGUGACUGGACCAUUGUUUUGGCUGCCAACACAACAGCAUGACACACGCUUGACUAAUUUUGGUUUCCAAUGUGUUAACUUGAUGUGCGACCCACUUGAACAUUGUGAGUGAAUGAAUGGGCUUCUGAUGAAUGUAUUUGUUUGUCCCAUGUUGUUUUUGAAUGAGCACUUGUGCACUUUAUCUGAAUUUAUUGUAUUUAUCUUUGUUUCAGUUUUUUUUUUUUUUUUUUGCUAUUCAUCAUCUGUUACUUUCUUUUUUAAUUGCAUACAAAUGUCUGUGGUACAACCAAAAUAAAUCACCUACCAGAAGGCCUUUUAUGUUGGAUGUAACUAAAGAAGAGUUCGGCUCCAAAACAUCAAAUAAGCAUUUUUUUUAAACAGAUGCUUUGUCAAGUUUAUCAUCCAGCCUUUUUUAAAGGGCAUCCAAGGAAUCUUUAUCAAUUUUGUGAUUUUUUUAUGUUUGUCUGUAUUAGUUUGUGUGUUACUAAUCAUCUUUUAAAAGUCAAUUUCACUUUUGGAGCCAAACACUUCAAAUAUUGAUGCCGAUAAGCUCUUCUUAAUCAUACUCACUAGCCUGAAUUGUUUCUUAGCUUUGUAUCACCUCUGUGCUUCGGUUUUCUACCAGGUUUUCUACCAGGUUUUCCUUUAAUCUGCAAGGAAUCGACUUGGGAACCUUUUUCAUCUCAGAGUAGCUUUAUGGAUUUAGCUGCUUAUAUAACCUGGCAGUGCUUUGUUUGGUCUGCACUUAUCACAUGUUUCUGCCUGCCUGCCUGUGAGAAAGCACGCGAAUGUACCACGGACAGAGUGUGCGUGUUAAUGGAAGUGUCCCAUUAAGACCACAAGUGGUCCUGUCCUUAUUUGAAAAGGUUUUAGAGUAUAUAGAUAGCAAUAUUUAAGUGUUAUUAUAUUAUGUUUGUGUAUUUCCUGUCUCUGUUCAAGCCCUGCCCUGUGUGGGGUUGUACAAGCAGGACUGUGAAAGACAACUUGUGGACCUUUGGGGAAAAUUAAAUAAACACAACCUGAUGUUGCACCAAA